AUGGAACAAGAGAGUAGUUUUUUGGAUCGGGUUUUGAAGAUAGUCAAGGAUGAGUCGGCGGCACAUAUACCGCUCGUACAGUUUAAACACCCGAAGGAAUUAGAGGUAAUUCUCCACGAUGAUAUAGACAUCUCGGAACCCGUAUCCGAUCAAGAUCUAGAGCAAUCGGUUCGGAAGGUCCUGCAUUACAGUGUGAAGACCAAUAAGUCUACCUUCAGGAACCAGCUCUACGGUGGCACGGAUCCCUACGGAUUGGCGGGAGCUUGGAUAGCAGAAGCUUUUAAUACAAGUCAGUACACAUAUGAAGUGGCACCAGUAUUCACAUUGAUCGAGAACAAAAUGCUGGAUCACAUCCUAAAGUUGUUCGGUUUUCCCGACGGUGACGGCAUAUUCAGUCCUGGAGGCAGUUUGUCUAUGCUGUAUGCUCUCGUUGCAGCAAGAUAUAAAGCGUUUCCAGAAGUAAAAGCUAAAGGCAUUAGAAAUUUACCAGAAAUGGUCAUCUACUCGUCGGAAGGUAGUCAUUACUCAAUAAUGAAAGCGGCGCACUGGCUCGGCUUUGGUACGGAAAGCGUCAGACGCAUAAAAUGUAAUCAAUGUGGACAAAUGCUAACUGACGAACUAGAAAAAGCGAUGACAGAAGACUUAAGUAACAAUAAAGUUCCGAUUAUGGUGAAUGGAACAGCCGGUACCACUGUUUUGGGAGCCAUAGACAAUUUGGAGGAAGUAGCAAGAAUCUGCAGUAAAUAUAAUGUUUGGAUGCAUGUGGAUGCGUGCUGGGGCGGAAGUUUAAUUCUCUCACAAAAGUAUCGGAUGAAGUUAAAAGGAAUUGAACAAGCCAAUUCAAUAUCCUGGAACCCGCAUAAGAUGGCGGGUGCUCCUCUUCAGUGUUCGCUAUUUCUGCUGAAAGAGAAAGGACUCCUGCACGAAGCGAACGCUGCUGCUGCCCAGUAUUUGUUCCAGCAGGACAAGUUCUAUGAUGUCCGUUAUGACACUGGUGACAAGAGUAUCCAGUGUGGAAGGAAAAUAGACGCGUUCAAACUAUGGAUGAUUUGGAAGGCUCGAGGGGAUAUCGGCCUGAACCACAUGACGGAUCACGUAAUGGAAUUAGCUGAGUUCUGUAUGGAGACAGUGGCGCAGAAGGUCGGCUUUCGUCUCGUAUCCGCCCCUUUGCAGUGUCCUAACGUUUGUUUUUGGUACAUCCCCACGUUUAUGCGGCAUCAGAAAGAAGAUGUUAAAUGGUGGGAUUUAAUGCAUAAGAUAACACCAAAGAUCAAGGAAAUCCUCAUGACCAGCUCACGUCUGAUGGUAGCUUACUCUCCGCUGCGAGAUCAUAAGAACUUCUUCCGGCUCGCCUUCACCUUCCAUCCGCGACUUGAUGAAAAGGAGAUUAUUGAUAUGCUGCAGGCCAUAGAGGAUUGUGGGGAAAUGCUCUCUCUUGAUAUAUUGUAA